AUCACCUGCUCAGUUGCGUGUGGGGGCAUUGUUUGACAAGUUGUUUUAAUAUUCACCCGCCCGUUUCCAGCCCAUACGAACGGUUUGUUAUCAUUGCAUUAACAAUCGAAUAUACGUCGAAUCUCACCAAAUGAUCUGUAUUAAAGCCGGCUAAUGUGUAAAAGUUUUGCGAAAACUUAGAACGGGCGCAAGUAAACGAAGUUCGAGACAAGUAGCGUGUGAUCAAGCAUUUUCGGGCGCCGUUUUAAGAUCCGAAUUACUGGGUGUGUCGCUACGAUGGAAACCUUUGGCGUGUUCCUGUUAUUGGCAUUGCUACAGCUGGCGACAGCCCAGCGUACGCCGACCAUCAGUUACAUAUCUCAGGAACAAAUAAGAGACAUCGGAGGUACAGUAGAUCUGCAAUGUUCGGUACAGUAUGCUCAAGACUUUCCAGUUCUUUGGGUGAAAGUAACCAAAGAUCAGUUGCCUAUUUCUACUGGGACAACGUUGAUCAUCCGUGACAGUCGGUUCUCUUUGCGAUACGAUACCGCAUCGUCAACAUAUACGUUGCAGAUUAAGGAUAUACAAGAAACUGACGCAGCCACGUAUCAAUGUCAAGUCAUAAUCUCACUUAGUAACAAGAUCUCUGCAGAAGUCGAUCUGCAGGUUCGGAGGCAGCCGGUUAUUAGCGAUAACUCAACGCGAUCUUUGGUCACAAGCGAAGGACAGAGUGUACAACUGCAGUGCUAUGCUUCGGGGCAUCCUUAUCCACGAAUUUCUUGGCGCAGGGAAAAUAACGCUCUACUACCUACCGGGGGUUCUAUUUAUCGCGGCAACACUCUUAAAAUCUCAGCAAUUCGAAAAGAAGACCGUGGCACGUAUUAUUGUGUGGCAGAAAACGGAGUGGGAAAAGGAGCGAGACGUAACAUUGCUGUGGAAGUAGAAUUUGCACCCGUUAUAACUGCUCCACGUCCGCGUUUAGGUCAAGCGUUGCAGUACGACAUGGAUUUGGAAUGUCACGUCGAAGCUUAUCCUCCACCUGCAAUUACCUGGAUGAAAGACGAGGUCACGCUGUCAAAUAAUCAGCACUACAGUAUCUCACAUUUUGCUACUGCUGAUGAAUUUACCGAUACAACAAUCAGGGUCAUCACCAUUGAAAAACGGCAAUAUGGCCAAUACGUAUGCAAAGCUGCGAACAAGCUGGGAACAUCUGAAACCCAAGUCGAACUCUUCGAAACUAUUAUUCCUGUCUGUCCACCGGCUUGUGGUCAGGCACAUUAUGGAGCUACUGUGACGCCACUCUCAUCAGGACCAUUGGUGGCCUUUGCUAUUCUUGUAGCAGCUAUUUUCCGAAAUUUCCAUACCAAACAUUAACUAUCCAGGACUACGUUGGGCCGCAGCACCGCGGUGCAUCCUAUCCAAAUGGUUGAUGGCCUUUAUGAGCCUUGUGAUUUGUACCAGUUUAUGGUCAUUCGAUUGAUUAUUGUGCAUUAAUGUGAAAACGAUUUUAUACGAUCAUUUAAUUUUUUCAGGUUUUU